AAGGGGGGGGGGGCAGAUAGAUUUGUCUGGCAGGUGCGCAGUGCAUGGUUGAGUGCGCACUGGUAACGCUACACUGUGACGGAUCGGUUUGACACUUGCAUGUAAGUGGCGAGGGUUCUGCAGCUGGCACCUGGCACUGCCUCUUGUGGACUGUUUGCUGGUUGUGCUUAUACACGUGAAGCCGUCUUUCUCCUCCCACAUCAUGUUCACAUUGUUGGGGGGGUGAUCAUGGCUUAUAGAUCAUUUGCUGGAUGCCCACAUGGAGUAGGAUGGGGAGGGGGGUUUUGUUGCUUGCAUUGCAUGCUGCCUGCAUUGCGUCUCAAUGUGAAUCCCCCUAGAAGGAAGAAAACAAACACACACGCAAAAAAAAAAAACACUGCCUUGUUUUUUUUCCCCCUUUUCUCUUAGCAGUAAAAGCCUAUAAGGAUGUAGUAUUUUAAAUGGCUGGACUUGUGACACCCAGGGAGGAUCUGAUCCUGCCUGCACCAAACAGCUCUCAUGUUUCUGCUGAUACUGCAACGUCAAUAAAUGGUUAGAGUUUGCUAUUGCCUCAUAAUGUAUUCAGACUUAGCCAUACCGGGCUGGUUGCUGCUAUAGAGAGGGCUGAUGCUCCUAUGAUGCAGCUGGUCUGCAUCCUAUCCCCGGGACUGCUCUCCUCUACCAUACGGAAUAAAAACAGCACAAGGAGUAAGGAUUUAAAAAAAUGACUCUCUAUGCCGCUAUGUUUGCUUUCAAUGCAGAAUGGGCAGCUCAGCAGGACUAACAUGGGCUUUAUUGUGGAUUUAAGGGGCACAGGAGCUUGCCUUUGCAUGUGCCUCCCUGUAUACUGCAAGGCUUGACGCAUUCCCAGCCUGCUAUUACUUCUCAUCCUGCUGCAGCAGCACCCACACAAGCAUUCAUCUACCGCACUGGCGUGAUCUUCUGGUUUACCUAACUGUGAAUACAGAAAAAAAAGGAGGGGAAAGCAAGAGGAAAAUCUGCUGAGUUGGCAAAGACCUUAGCAUCCUCCAUCCUCCAGCAUUUUCAUGUUUGGGGAGCUGUGGCAGCAGCAUUACAGCAAUGGUAGAUUCAGAUAGGAGAACUGGCCUGCUGCAUUAAAGGAGACAAACAGUAAGGAUCUAAUAUAUUUUUUGUUUUGCUUGUUUUUGAAAACAAUUCCGCCAGGACAGUUUCCUGGGGGGUGCUGUGGCCUCAAAAGAUCUGCAUCCCCUAUCCUGUUUCUACUGCUUCAAAGACCCCCAGGGACCUGGCAGUCUAUACAGAACAAAGUCAAGGGGUAGAAGGAGGGUGCUGCGGCAUCAAAGUGGUUAUUCCUAGCAGCUCCUCCUCCCCAACCCCUCCUCCCCUGCAGAAAAAUGACCGUGAUUGCCGGGGAGAACAUGGACGAGACCUCAGCCCUACCUGGGCACCCUCAAGACAGCUAUCAACCAGACCAUGAGGAUCAUGAGUGCUGCGAGAGGGUGGUCAUCAACGUGGCUGGGUUACGCUUUGAGACCCAGUUAAAGACCCUAGCCCAAUUCCCCAAUACUUUGCUUGGGAACCCCAAAAAGAGGAUGCGCUAUUUUGACCCUCUUAGGAAUGAGUACUUUUUUGAUCGCAACAGGCCCAGUUUUGAUGCCAUAUUGUAUUACUACCAGUCUGGGGGCAGGCUUCGCAGGCCAGUCAACGUACCCCUGGACAUGUUUUCAGAAGAGAUCAAGUUUUACGAACUAGGGGAAGAAGCCAUGGAGAAAUUUCGAGAGGAUGAGGGCUUUAUCAAAGAGGAGGAGCGCCCUUUGCCCAAGAGAGAGUUCCAACGUCAAGUAUGGCUUUUGUUUGAAUACCCUGAAAGCUCAGGACCCGCCAGGAUCAUUGCCAUCAUUUCGGUCAUGGUCAUUCUCAUCUCUAUUGUUAUUUUCUGCUUAGAGACUUUGCCAGAGCUUAAGGAAGAACGGAUCUUCAGUCGCAGGGUGGACAACAGUACAGUUUUCUUCAAAUCCAACAUCUUCACGGAUCCCUUCUUUGUGGUGGAAACCCUCUGCAUCAUCUGGUUCUCCUUUGAAUUGGUGGUAAGGUUUUUUGCUUGCCCCAGCAAGCCGGAAUUCUUCAAGAACAUCAUGAACUUUAUUGAUAUAGUGGCCAUCAUCCCAUACUUUAUCACCUUGGGGACUGAAAUGGCCGAGCAAGAGGGUCCCCAAAAAGGGGAACAGGCAACAUCUUUGGCAAUCCUGAGGGUCAUCAGACUGGUAAGAGUCUUUAGAAUCUUCAAACUCUCCAGACAUUCUAAGGGCCUCCAGAUUUUGGGACAAACCUUGAAAGCUAGCAUGAGAGAACUAGGGUUGCUAAUCUUUUUUCUAUUCAUUGGGGUCAUCUUGUUCUCCAGCGCAGUGUACUUUGCUGAAGCAGAAGAGGAUGACUCUCAUUUUUCAAGUAUCCCUGAUGCUUUCUGGUGGGCGGUGGUAUCCAUGACCACUGUGGGCUAUGGUGACAUGUACCCUGUGACAAUUGGGGGCAAAAUCGUGGGCUCCUUGUGUGCCAUUGCUGGUGUCCUGACAAUUGCCCUGCCUGUACCUGUCAUCGUGUCCAACUUCAACUACUUCUACCACCGAGAAACUGAAGGGGAGGAACAGGCUCAGUUACUUCAUGUUAGUUCCCCCAAUUUAGCCUCUGACAGUGAUAUGAGCCGACGCAGCUCUUCGACUAUGAGCAAAUCUGAGUACAUGGAGAUCGAAGAGGAUCUGAAUAAUAGCAUAGAUAAUUUUAGAGAGUCAAAUCUCAGAACUGGCAACUGCACCGUAGCCAAUCAGAACUGUGUUAACAAAAGCAAGCUACUGACAGAUGUGUAGAUGGAGGUCAACAGCUGCAGGAUGUCAAUGGCCCUGGCCACUUUCUGUAGAUGCUUUAAAACUAGUCUUUGAAUGCUUUACCUUUUUCAUCGCCAAUGCGUUGUUGCAUUGCGAAUAUGUGCUCAGCGAACAAAGAAGCUUUCAGGAUCCGUGAAAGAUAACUUAUUAAUCAUUUAUUUUUUAAAUGGAUAUUUUUGGUUUUUCUUCUUCCGACCGGGUCAAUGAGUUGUUGGGGGGGAAAUGGGGGGACGAGGAGAGUAUCUCCCGAACCGGUUGUACUAGUGAAAGGGUAAAUUUUUUUUUUUUACUACAGGACAGCAAGUGAUUAACACUUUCACCUCCUUGCUUGUCAAUCUUAAAAAAAAAAAAAAAAAAUUGUUUUGAAUGGCAACCAUUGAUUUAAAGAGAUAUGCAUGGAUUUACAGUAGAUUCUAAAAGACGACUACGUAGAGCAUCCGAGGAAGUGCAUCUGAAGGAAAGGGGUUAACCGUGAAGUAUGCAAAAACACUUUGAUCUGAAGAAGUGUAUUACUAUCCAAUGAAAUAAUAUGCACUUACCGAUGACCUACUGAUUCAUAAAGCACCUUAGGAAUCAAUCCAUGACUUUGCUUCAUCUUAAAGGGACAGGGACUUAUACAAUACUAAGUCAUUUAAAUGGAAAAAAGACAUACAUCUGCAAUUGCUGCUAGAGUUUUUUCUUUCUUAUAUGCAGAUGAUCUCAACUUUUUAUUUGGUUCACAAAACUUGGAUGCAACCCCCUAAUCUUUUUACCCUCUACCCUUAACCCCCCACCCCCCGUGUCCAUUCUAGUUGCAAUACAGCACAAUGGUAUUAAUCAUUAGCAUGUUUUUCAAUUUGAUACCUAUUGUAUUUAUUUGGUAAUCUAGCAUGCCUGAAAUGUGACUACCCCAAUCAAUGUGGGGGACAAGUUUAAAAUUUUAUUUUUUUUUUAAAAUAAUUUUUAGUCUAUUUUUUUUUUUUCUCUCAAACCCUUUGGCUUUCCGUGUGAAAUGCAACUGGGCCACGGUGCAAGAUGUCGCGGCCUUAACUUGUAAAAGAAUAACAUGAUUCAUUAUUUAUUCAUUUUUUUUUACAUUUAUUUAUUUAUUUCCGUCCUUUUAAUGGCUAUUAUUUGCAUUCACCAAAAGUGCACUCCUGAUUUCAGAAAAAAAAAAAAAAAUGAUGAAAAAAGAAUAAAAAACGAAAGAGAAAAAAAAUCUACAAUUUUAAAUUAGUAAUUUACAGUACUGUAUGUAAAUGCAUAGUAAGUCGAAAAACAAAGCAAAACAAAAACGGAGACAAUAAAUAACCUUUUACUGAAGACCACGCAUGUUACGAAGUAUUCAGCAUUAUGGCCUACUUGACUAAGGUGUAAUCUGAAGUAAUUUAUGCAUGAUAUCAGUAUUAUAGAAAAAAUAACUAAAAAAAAAAAAUUUCAAAGUCAAUGUUCAUAUUGGAUUAGGAGCCAGUUGGAAUUUUAAGGGCCUAAUUAAUUUUUUUCCUGUAGUAUAUCUCAGGGAAAUAUGCUAACUUAUCUCCAGGCAUAAUUGUUAAAAAAUGUAAAAACAGAAAAAAACAAUAAUAAUACUAAAAUCCUAGAGUUACUCUACGACUUCUUAAAAGUCGAAACGAGCAGUAUGUAAUGAUACCGAAGAAAUUCAAUGCAAAGUAUAGACUUACUGAAUUGGUGCAGAUGCAUGUAUAUUGCUACAGCCUCAGAAUGUAAUUUAACCAUUAACUGUAUGCGCUAAAAAAAAAAGCAAAAAAAUUAAAUAAAAUUAAAUUUUAAAAAAUUGCAGACAUUUCCUUAGCUUUUUAUGAUUUGACGUCCAUAGUCUUUUUAUUUUUAUUUAAUUUUUUUUUUUUUUGUAUUACUCUAGAAUUUGCUAAGGAAACUCUAGAGAACUGAAUGAUCUAGAUAGUUGCUAGUGCCUUUAUUCUUUCUUCACUGACUUGCUGAAAGUGCCUCCGUGAAUAGAGCUAAAAUGGACAGGAACUGGGAAUUUUUUUUUUUUUUUUACAAAAAUAAUAAAAACAAAACUCUAGGGGGCGUGCUAUCCCCUUGUGUUCAAAUAAAGGGAACUCAAUGAUGUAUAGAGCAAAAAGGGCCAGUGAAUGCUUGGAUGUUUAUUCUCUUGAAAGACCAUUUAUAUUACUAUUGCUUUUUAUUUGUUUUAGCGAUUAGGUACAAAAACCCUUUUAUAUUGUGAAUGUGCCGUGCAAAUUUUUUUUUGGAAACUUUUCACCUGGAAAAAAAAAGGAAAAGUUAUGCACUUAACAAGUCCCCAUUAUGUUUUUUUUUUUUUUUUUUCCUAUCCAGUCAUUCCUCAGUUGGGCUUCCACCCUUGCACCAGUAUCCACCAAUACAUAUGCAAUGCUAUGAUGCAAAAUUCUAUGAUUUAUACGCACACUGCCAACAUUUUUUGAAAAAAUUUUUGUACCCGAUGUAUAAAAAAUAAAAAUAAAAAAAAUUAUAAAAAAGACUCAGGAUGAUGUAAUUCCAGAGCUGGUGGGCUAGUGCAUAAAAGGCUUCUACCCCCCUUGGUGCAACCCCCUUUUUCUUUAACAUAUUCUUACAAAGAAGGCAAAUGAACUGUCUAGGGAUGUAAAACGCUGGAAAGAUCUAGAGCUAAGAAGCCCGAUUUCGCUAGAUAUUUUAAAUAUUACAACCAAAAAUGUUAAAUAUUUAAAUUAAAAUUUAGAAAUAAUUAAUUUGAAAAUUAGAAAUAUUUAUGUUUAAAAAUUGGAAAUAUUUACAUGGAAAAUUUUAAAUAUUUUUGUUUAAAUUUAAUUGAAAAUAAUCAAUUUGGAAGGUGUUUCUAUCUUUUUGCCAAUUUUAAGAAAAAUAAAAAACUAAGUUAACACUAAGGAUAGGUAGAAAAACUUUCUGCACUUACGUUAGGCCCGAUGAAAACAACAACAACAAAAAAAAUCAAUAAAUAGACAAACAAACAAAAAAAGUAGAAUAAAAAGAAAAAAAAGACCUGGUAACUCUCUUACGUGAGAGUCUUUGGACGAAGUUUGCACUCAUGAAUGGACUGAUUUUUUAUUUUGUUUUUUUCAAUUUCCAAAAAAUAUUCAAAAAAACUUGCAAAUCAUAGCACAGGGCAUUAAGCUUCCAAAUGCAAUGCAAAAAGCGCAAAACAAAAAUAUUGGUUGCCCUCUCCAUCCUGGUACGACACAGCAAAAAUAAAACAACAAUAACCUAAAGCUUUUUUUUUUUUAAUGUUUUUUAUUUUUUUACAUUUUUUGACAUUUUUACUGCUGCAUUCAGUAAAGUUGCAAUAAAAUGUUCUUUGUGUGAAGCUGAAUAAGGUGGUUCAAGUAACAUCAGACAAAGGCUCAAUUGGCAACUUGGUUUCUAGGAUUUGGGGGUUCCCAUAAAUUUGUUUUAAGGACUUAAUAUUUCUGCAUGAGUACAACAACAAAAAAAGUGCUGCAUGACUAGAUUUUUUAUUUUAUUUAUUAUUUUUGUUUUUAUUU